GGGGGGGGAGGGGGGGGAGGUGCUGUUGUUCCCUCAUUAUUCUAUCUAGAACCUCAUUCGGAUGAGAGACAGACAGAAAUGCAGGCUGUGUUUGUGGCUCUCCUGCUCGCUGCCGUGGGUCUGAUCCACGCCGGGCCUCUGCCUGCAGAACCGCUCCUCCAGACCCAGGAGAACUUUGACUUGGACCGGUUCUUAGGGAAGUGGUAUGACAUCGCCUCGGCCUCCAACUGCCCCUGGAGAAACAAACAUAAAGGAGAUUCUCCGAUCGGAUCUCUGGAGCUGCAGCGCAGCGACACUCCAAACGCUCUGAGCAUGACCCGCAUCAUGUCCCGGCGUGGCGAGUGUAAGAUGAUCACUGGUAAUUACAUGAAGACUGAAACUCCAGGAAGAUUCUACUACCACAGUGUCAAAUGGUCAGCUGACGUGGAUGCGUACGUGGUGCACACGAACUACGACGAGUACGCGCUGGUGGUGAUGUUCAAACAGCAGCGUGGAGGAAACAAGACCACCUCGGUCAAACUGUACGGUCGUAAGAAGGAACUGCGGCCCACACUGCUAGAGGACUUCAAGACCCUGGUGGCGGAGCAGGGAAUGAGUGCUGAUACCGUCUCUAUUAAACAGGACAAAGGAGAUUGUGUUCCAGGACAAAUAACAGCUCCAGUAACCGAGGUUCAGCCCAAGACGAGACGAUCGGUGGUGCUGCCUCCGUCUGAUGAAGGUUCUGCAGAUGGAAUACCUAUGUUUAAGGGAGAAAGCUCCUGUAUAGGUACCCCAGACCCUGGUCCAUGUUUCGGGAUGAUCCAACGUUUCCACUACAACUCCUCCAUCAUGGCGUGUCAGAUGUUUCAGUACGGAGGCUGCAUGGGCAACCAGAACAACUUCCUGACUGAGAAGGAGUGUCUGCAGACCUGCCGCACUGAAGCUGCGUGUCGCCUCCCGAUGGACGCCGGUCCGUGUAAGAUGUCGCUUCAGUUCUGGGCUUUCGACUCGACCAACGGAAAGUGUGUGUCCUUCACCUACGGAGGAUGUGAGGGCAACGGCAACCGCUUCUACACACAGAAAGAGUGUGAGGAGUACUGCGGCGUCAGCAGAGAAGGUGAUGAGGAGUUCCUCAAGGUGUAAGAAUGGAAUGCCAGGAAAUAAAAUACCAAACAGUAGCUCAGCAUUUCUUUCCCACUUUACUGUUGAAAUGAUUCAGAGAUGGAGACGCUCAGCCUCACCGCUGGUUUUAAAAGAUAAAUUCUGCUGAUAUGAUUCUCUGAAAUUAAAUACUACAAUAUUAUAGUAUACUCUUGGAGAUCGACUACAACUAUUUCACGUUAGCUGUACGAGAGAAAGGAUUAAAUCAUAUUAAAAGUAUUAUUUCACACUGAAGCUUGGAUUUAAAUAAAUAAAUAAAAUGCUACAAACUAACAAACUGUGGAACAAUAAAGAUAUUUUCUCUGGA